AUGAGCAACGACGCUAAGUUUUGUGAUUGGCGUGUGGAAAUCUAUGACUGUCAAGGGUCUAGUUUAUUCGUCGUAGAAGUUGUAAUUUCACUUAUAACUUAUGCCCUACUUUCCAUCUCUGGUACACUUAUCUUUUAUUACCGUUAUAGAUAUAUGUGGCAAGGUUUAUUCGUUGACCAUGGAAAUGGCAUAAGACCUUUACCUGUUGAUUGUUUACUUUUCUUUUGGACGAUUGCCUCAUAUAUUCGUGGUCUCCACUCAUUACUUAUGUUACUUAACGCUUACGAUAAUUACUUGCAAAGAGAAUCUAUCCAGGAACUUGGUUUUACUGUUUUAUGUUAUGGAGCAGUUUGCUAUAUUAUUGUGACACUUAAAGUUGAUAAUAAAUGUGAAAUACCUAAUCAAUCCGUACGCGAUAUAUUCCUUCCUAGACCAAAAACUCUUAAUUAUAUCCUUGCAGUAUGGUUACUUUUACCUACAGUUACCGUCUUUCCUUGUUCCAUUCUCUCAGGAAUUUAUAGAGAUCAGGGUAAUACUAAUGUAGCUGAUCAUUGGACUUCAACUCAAUAUAUUAUAUAUUUUUUCAUUGAUUCAAUAUUUGCUAGUGUUGGAGCUUAUUACGGAAUUAACUUUAUGUUAAUACUUAGAGGUUCAAUGAAUCAAUUUAAACGUAAAUCAGCUAAUUGUCAUCAAUCAAAGAAUGGAACACGUGAAGCUCUUGAACGUCUUAAAUAUACUAUGAUAUACCUUGCAGUUCUUCCAAUGGUCUCUGGACCUGUAUGGGGAAUGUAUGGUCUAUUCCGUGUUAGAAUGAUUUCUUCUAUGAAUAUAGCAAAUAUUUUAAUGUCUGCUAUGUGGCAUGCAGCUGGUCCUCAACCUUUAAUAGCAGUAUGUCAAUAUUUAUUAGCAAAACGAGUUUAUCAACAUUAUACUGGUAAACCUUCUUCUUCACAAAAUGGAUCAACAAAUUCACAUUCGCAAUUAACAAUUUCACAACAAAGACCAACAUUAGCUAGAUCACCUACUUCAAAUACUUUUGGUGAAUAUAUUGCUAAUGAACCUAGUCCUAAUUCUUCAGAAGAUUUUGCUAUAGAUUUAAAACCUAUUCAAAAUGAUUUUAAUGAGAAUAAUUUGGUAGGAACAGAUUUUGCUAUAAGCGUACCUGCACCAGCUUAUGGAUCAGAACAUGAUGUAGGACGACGAGCUUAA